AUGGCCUGGGUACUGUAUGGAUUCUUUCAAGGCUGUGUUGGCACAGGUUUGUGGAUCAUCGCACAUGAAUGUGGCCACGGUUCCUUUUCUCUAUUUCCCUGGCUCAAUGACUUGGUCGGCUGGACCACCCAUUCUAUUCUCCUUGUGCCGUACUUUUCUUGGAAAAUUACACAUGCACGGCAUCAUCGGUACGCCGGACAUAUGGGCAGGGAUACCGCGUUUGUCCCAUUUACCGAGAAUGAAUACGCUAAAAAACGUGGCAUGUCGAUUCAAGAUGUCAGAAAUAUCGCGGAGGACACGCCGCUGGUAACUCUUGUCAAUCUUGCUCUCCACCAAAUGCUGGGAUGGCCAAUGUAUCUCCUGGCGGCUGUUAGCGCAGGGAACGACAGCAUACGCCACGAUGGGGAACAUAGACAUCGGACUAAGAGCCAUUUUGAUCCGAUGAGUGGGCUAUUCUCGAUGAAAGAGAGGGUGUACGUCCUCUUAUCUGAUCUCGGGGUGCUUGCAGCGGGGUGGGCACUAUUCCAUAUCAGUUCAACCAUUGGGAGGGGAGAUAUUCUAUUGCUCUAUUUCAUGCCAUAUCUUUGGGUAAACCACUGGAUUGUGGCCAUUACAUACUUGCAUCAUACACACCCGUCAGUUCCGCACUAUGCGGACCAGAGUUGGACAUUUUCCAAAGGCGCGCUCUGCACGGUAGACCGCAGUUACGGGUUUAUUGGCCGGCAUUUCUUUCACGACAUUAUUGAUUACCAUGUCGUCCACCACCUUUUCCCCAGAAUUCCGUUUUAUAAAGCGGAAGAAGCGACUAUGGCCAUACGACCGCUGCUUGGCCAUAGAUAUCGGGAGGAGAAAAGAGAAAGCUUUCUACUCUCGCUGUUCAAGACAUUUCAGAAGUGCACCUUUGUAGCUUUCUCUCCUGAAAGCUCGGGUGUUUUUCAUUGGCACAAGGACAAAAUGUAA